GCGUCGCUAGGUACUUAAAAGAAUCGGAGCUGAGGUCCAUAGGCGCGGGAAUUUUCGGCUUUUUAAGUAUGAUGUCGACCACGGUUUUCUAUUCUGAUUUUUCAAGACACUAACAGGGGAUUUGGGACACCGUCAAAUAGAACCAGGGCACGGGCCUUGUGAGCUAGCGCCUAGCGACGCCUCUGGAAAGAACGCACAAAUGUUCGUAAAUAAGAUAUUGUAACGGCGCAGUUGAGAGAGACUAAAUAAAUGGACAGUACGUCCAUUAUAACCCAAAUUAACCGGGAAGAAGAGAACAUUUACUUCCCACCAAAGAAAGUCUAUCCUGUUAUAAGGAAACCAAGGAAGAAAGGGCUAUUGAGUACACUGCUGUGCUGUUUUGGUAUAAAUGUUGGUCGGUCAAAUCCUCCAAUCUACGCUGAGGAAAAUGAUAGGUAUCUUUCCAAGAUACCUGGGACUUACCUACUUCCUCCAGCUAGAUGUCAGGAUGUCCACAAAAUGUGCAUGGUCAUAGAUUUGGAUGAAACCCUGGUCCACAGCUCAUUCAAGCCAAUCAGCAAUGCAGAUUUUGUAGUUCCUGUUGAAAUUGAAGGCAUUGUACAUCAGGUUUAUGUGCGAAAGAGACCUUAUGUAGAUGAGUUUCUAAAGAGGAUGGGAGAACUUUAUGAAUGUGUCCUAUUUACAGCCAGUCUUGCAAAAUAUGCAGAUCCUGUUGCAGACCUCCUUGAUAAAUGGGGGGUGUUUCGAUCUAGGUUGUUCAGGGAAUCUUGUGUCUUCUUCAGGAGCAGCUACGUGAAGGACUUGGCAAGACUAGGAAGAGAUCUCCACAAGGUUGUUAUUUUAGACAACUCUCCUGCUUCAUACAUUUUCCAUCCAGAUAAUGCAGUACCUAUCUCCUGUUGGUUUGACGAUACCUCUGACACUGAGCUGCGUGACCUAAUACCCUCUCUGGAACGACUGAGUAAGAUGGACAGUGUCUACUCAAUAAAACAUAAUAUGAAACACUCAGCAAAAGUACAUCCACGACCUGCACAGCUCUGCUAUGGAAAUUCUCCAAAACAGCACAUCGAUACUAUUCAGCCUUCAUAAUAAAUGGAGUUCCUUGCUCGAAAUUGGAAGUUCUCAGUGCCUGUUAGACAUAUCAUGAUAGUGUUAUGAUGUGUUUAGUUGGGCAGCGUAACCAAAAAGCCAAGGAUAGAAACAUGUAAUGAAGGCUUCAUCUUAAAUAUUUUUUUCUAAACAACUUCAUAAUUUAAUUGUGCAUAUGCACCUAAAACACCACUAUAAAACAAGAAGCCUUUGACCUAGAGAAAAUAGGAAUUGUUUCACUGGUUUUGAACUACAGUGUUGAUGUUCAGUAUCUAGUUGUUUUUGUUCACAGACAUGAGAAAAAACUUGUAACUGCUUUGUUAUUGCUUGUGUUUAACAAAUUACUUUUGUAUACCUGCAGUACAAUCUCUAGCUGUAUCAAUGGAAGGGAAUUACAUGAAAUCUUUUAUCAUUCUGAUUGUAGUUCUUUAAGUUGCAUUGAUAAAAGCAUUUUGUGUUUUUAUUAGGCUUAAUAUAUUUGUAUUUUAUGGUUUUAACUUUAUAUUAGUUAAUGAACCUUUUUUCUUUGUUGAUAUAUGUAUACAAAUAUACAUAUUGUUGUUUAAUAUUUAAUGAGGUAAGAAAACCAUUUUAAAACAGUAUGAUAAAGAACUGUGUGUAGUACAAAUUCUUAGUUGAUUGAUGGAAAUAUAUACAGAUUUUUUGAUACUCUUUUGACUUGUGCAUGUUUACAUUUCUCAAGAUCACAAUAAUCUUGAUUUCAUCUUUAGAAAUUCUCCAGGAAUAUAUAAAUUUUUCAUCAUGAAAGAGUUAAGAAGUUUUAGUUUGUUUAAAUAAUUACUUGUAUUUAACAUUGAAUGAAAAAUAUCACUUAAAAGUUAACUCUAGAAAUUAUGAAAACUAGUUUUACUGUCAGUUUUAUUAAUGUCUAAGUUUUGAAAGUGCUUGAAAACUUAUUAGAAAACUAUUAAACCCCACAUGUUUAGGUAGUAAGUUUCUCGUAAGAGAACAGUAUUAAUCUCCACAUAUAUGGAAUAUUAAGUUCCUUGUAAGAGAACACUAUUACCCCCUGCAUAUACGUGUAGUAAGUUCCUUAUUAAAUAAGGCUACAUCCACACUAUAAGUUUUUAAGUUUUAUAAUUGUUACUAUAGUGUUUUUGUGUUAAUGCUACAUUAUACAUUACUAGAAUUUAGAAAUAAUGUUUCUUGAGUGGAAAUGUAGAGGUCAAUGUGGAUUAUGUCUUUAAGAAUGUUGUGCUAUCUGAAAAUAAUUUCUGAUGAUGUAGUUUAUGUAAUCUAUACUGUCUAAUCCUGAAACCAGAUAAAGAUUUACUUUUUUUUUAAGAACAUUUGUUGAAAUAGGUGAUGGGUUUACAAGCAAAAGACCUUGGUUAAAAUACUAUUUUCCUUUGAAUAAUAUUCAUAUUAAAUGAGGUCAGUGCUAUAAGAUGAAGGAUACUUUUUACUAAGUGAAAAAGAUAUUCAAAAUUUGGGAAAAAGCUGUGAAACAGACUGUUCUGUUUUAGUCUUUAAAAACCAUUUCCCACUGAAAAAGGUUUUGGCAACAUUUGUAGCUUUCUAUAAUAGUAUAUGAAUUCAUACACUUUUUAUAAUGUAUCAAGAUAUUACUUAAAAAACUACCAAAAUCUUGUUGCCUGAUGAAACUGUUGGAGGACCAAAGGAAUGACAUAGUCAUUCAUCUAUUUCUAUAACUGAAAAGUCAUCUAGUUUCUGAUUUCUAGUUUAUUUAGAAGCCUUAAAUAAACUCACUUAUAAAGGAAAGUAUAACCCCUGAUUGUGCCAUACAUUUGUAUUUUGCUCACUGCUAAUGUUUUCUGAUAUCACGAAAGUACAAGGUGACAAAGUGAUAAAAUUAUUUGAUAAUCACUGAUGUUUUGAUAAUGUCAGGGUUGUAAACUAUUGAAAAUCUGAGAGGUUUGUGUUACUAUGGGUAGAAGACCAUCAUGUAUUAGAAAUUAAUUUUUUUUUAUAUAUAUUUGAUUCCAGUUGGUGGUAGUUAUUAGAAAUUAAUUUUUUUUUAUAUAUAUUUGAUUCCAGUUGGUGGUAGUUAUUAGAAUAUUUUGUUUACAUUAAUUACUUAUUCCUAAUUUUACUUUAGACUUGUUACUUAGAGGAAUAGACGGUGGCCCAUUUUAUAUGAGAUAAAACAAAGUUUUGCAGUUACUGUGAUAGAAACAUUCAAACAUGAUACCUUUCUACAUUUAUAAGUGUCUUUAUUAUUCAGACUUCUGUUCAAGAAGAAAGGUAACUUGAGAAACUGCUCAAUCAAAUACCAUCAGUAGUUGCUUAAACCACUGUGAUGUUUUCUCAGAAAAAUGUCUACCAUACCAUUCUUAACAUUCAGGUUAAUUAUAGAAAGUGAAACAAAUGCUGAACAUCAGUUUUAGAAAUCUGUAUCCCAGUAUUGCUAUAGUACUUUUGAAUUUUGUAAAAAAAACAAAAAAACUUAAAAAUGCUUCAUAACUUAAUUUGUUGAUGCAUUUGUAAAGUGAAUCAUCACGUCAUUUCUUUUGACCAGAUGUGUUCUCAAACAAGAUAUCUGCCAGUAUUUUUGUCAUAAAAAUUUCUGAUUGCUUAAUCUUAUUUCUUGGUAGAUUUUGAACAAUUUUGUCAGUAGUUCGAUUGUGGCAUAGAAAUUUUAAUAGCUUGUUUUGUUUUGCUAGUAAUAAAAUCAUUGACAAAUACUA